CAGCAUUCCAACCAUAUCCAUUGCAUCACUCACUUACCUGAUUCUACACUCCAAAUCUUACUUGCAAUUUCCUAAGCAUCCACCAUGCAGUUCACCGUGCUUCUCUCCUCCCUGCUGGCCCUGGUCCUCUCGGCCUGGGCCCUGCCCACCGGCGACAUCCGCGUCAUCCAACUUCGCGUCUGGGGGGAAGCCGGCUGUAGCGAGGAGAACCUGGGCGAGCUCGGCCUCUACCAAUCCACCCUCAACCAGUGCGCCGCCUUUCACGGCAACUACACCAUUGAGUCGGUCAGCAGCGAAUUCGUCAACGCAGGCUAUGCCGCCCAACUCUUCAGCGACCGUGCGUGUCAGGAAGACCCGGUCGAGAUCACCACGACGGGCUGCACCAACGCCGACACCGUCUUUGGCAGCUACAAGCUCGUGCAGGUGUAGGACCCCGCGCGUGCCACAGUGCAGGGAACAAACACUUCAGAUGACAACACUUGAAACCUUUAGCGACUUUGAUUACGAACCACGGGUAAUGGCUGAUACGAGGGACGGCGAUGGGAUGUUACGGACAUGAAUGUGUAACUUAAUUCGACCUUAGAUAAUGACCUUUGCAUAUACGGCGAGAUCGAUGGCCUCUACGCAGUCCCCUUGGGUUUUAUAGUAAACCCCGCCCGACCGCUGCAGCAGCUCACGCCGACCAGAAUGUCCGGUGGCGCGGGAAGGUUCUUCCGAAACCGUAGGUAUGCCGAAAUCUCCAGAGGACGGUUCGUAAUUUACCGCCACUGCGAUCAUGUCCGUGGUCCGACCAACGGUUGCUUGUGGACGAGCAGACCCCGGUAGGCUCAUGUCAAUUGGCUCCCCGGAUGGAGAAAGUAUAACCCUGAC